UAUGUCUUAUAAAUUAAUCCAAUCUCAUAGCCUUCUCUAAAGCAAAGCCUCUCCAUCAAACUUGGCUUCUUUUCCUUCGUAGAGAGCUAUCCAUCCUUGAGCAUGGCGGGUCCUCCACAGCUAUCUUCACGACCCGCCCGCCCGAACAUAUUGCGCUACGUCAUAUUGGUCCUAGUAGCACUAAUUGUAUUGGUUGGUCUCGUCGUGCUCAUCAUUUGGUUGACUGUUAGGCCGAAACGAUUAAGCUACACGGUGGAAAGCGCUGCGGUCCAUAACUUUGACAUGAGCACAACUCAGCUUAAUGCUUCCUUCAAUUUCGGAGUGAAAGCUUACAAUCCCAAUAGACAUGUUUCGGUUUAUUAUGAUCAUGUCACUGUUACGGUUGGGUUCGGCGAUCAAGAUUUGGCGUUUGGCGUGAUUAAGCCCUUCUACCAACCUCACAAAGAUGUGACAUGGUUGAACAUGGACCUUAAUGCUAAAAACUUUUUGUUGCACGACUCGGUGUCGAAGGAUCUAGCGCUCGAAAAGGCAGCGGGAGAGAUGGAUUUGGAUCUUUGGAUCAAGGCGAGAAUUAGGUUUAAGGUUGGAGUUUGGAAGUCGGGGCAUCGGACGCUUCGAAUUCGGUGUUCGCCCGUGAUUGUCUACUUGUCUAAAGACAAGGAAUUCAAGAGGACUGCUUGCUUUACUGAAGUCUAAAGAUGCCUUCUCAACUUACUUUCUUAAAUUGUGUUCUUGAUGGUGUGGUGUUGGGAUUAGUUUUUCAAGUUUGGAAUUUGUGAGCUGUGAUUGUUGUUUUUCAAUUGGGUUUGUGUUCAUGUAUAUGCUCUUUUCAAUUUUUUUUUUUCCUAUCAGUCCAUUCUUUAACAAAUAAGUUCAAUUUGUAUUUUAAUUUGAUAUGAAUAAUUGAAAAUUUUCAUAUGUGCAAUA